CCUGUCUUGUCCUCUACGUGUACGAGCUGUUUGUUAUAACCUACAGAUUUUACGAUUUCUGUCUCUUAUUUCUACGCCACGGGUGGACCACAGUCAUUUGCGCAGUCUUCAGGCGAGGCUGAAAUGCGGAGAAAAGCGGAGAUGCGCUCCUUGGACUCACUUCACUGAUGGUCGUGAGCUUAGAUCAUCAGAGGCCCUGUUCUCCGAUCACUGGAGCUAGUUCCUCAUUUGAAAAUGGUCCGGUGAAAUUUGGUUUCAGACGACGGAGAGUUUUUCAGCGACACGGUCACGACUGCGAUUUGAGAAAGAAAAUGAAGAUUUGGAGCACGGAGCAUGUUUUCAGUUACCCGUGGGAGACAGUGAUCAAGGCUGCCAUGAGGAAGUAUCCCAACCCCAUGAACCCCAACGUGGUCGGAGUGGACGUGCUGGACCGCAGCCUGGAUGCUGAGGGACGUCUGCACAGCCACAGACUCCUCAGCACAGAGUGGGGCCUGCCGGGCAUCGUACGAGCGAUACUGGGAACCAACCAUACGCAGACAUAUGUGAAGGAACACUCCAUAGUCGACCCUGAGGAGAAAAAGAUGGAGUUGUGCUCAACAAAUAUUACUCUCACCAACCUCAUAUCAGUGGAUGAGAGGCUUCUUUACAGACCACACCCAGACAACCCUGAGGUUACCAUUCUGACCCAGGAGGCCAUCAUCACAGUCAAGGGAGUCAGUCUAAGCAGUUACCUGGAAGGGAUGAUGGCCAGGAGAAUGUCAGCUAACGCCAGGAAGGGUUGGGAUGCUAUUGAGUGGAUUAUUCAGAACUCUGAAAGAGAGAACGUACCUCUCUGUGACAUUUACUAACUCUGGGGUUGCAGUUCUACAGCGACGACUACUUCCCCUGACUACACCUCAUAAACCACUGGGGGUCCUCAGCUUCUCGGGAUCCUCUGCAGUUGGUACUUGAACUGUCUGGGAGGUUUUGUGGAUUUUCACCCCCAUACCCUCUCUGCCACCUCUGGAGUACAUGCACUGGAAGCUCAGACAGACAGUCAAAUGUUGCCAAAGCUGAAUGGUUAGAAGGGAGCAUGAGAGGGAAAGUGUGUUAGAGCAGGGUUUUGGUCAGUGUGACUCAGUAAUCAUUAACCCAUUUACAACCAUUCUAAUUUAGAAAACUGUGGAGACCAAUACAAGUUUGUCCUGCUGAAUGACCAAAAGGUUUAAAAAGAAUGUGUGCUGCUAUGAAGUUUACCUUCUGUAAAGAAUUACAUGAACUUUAUGAGCACACCAAACUUCACUGAUUUGAAUAUUAUAUUACUACCCCACACACACACACACACCUUUUUGAAAACAAGGUACGGAACAAAAUAAUAUGCAACAAACCUCCUAACUUUAUUUUACCUGGUGUAAUUCUUCUGUGAAACACAGGAGACUCUUAUACUAGGAGUCAAAAUCAGAGUUAUCACUGGUGCUUAUUAUGUGUUUCAAGAGGCACAAACUGUAGACGAUAUGUUCGCAUGAUAAUAGCUUAAAAAAAAUGGAAGGGUGGGUGGGGGUAUUAAGGAAAACGAAUAGUGUGGUAGCUGGCUAGCCAGGAAGCUAGCUAUAAUUGCAAGAAAUUAUAUUAUUUAUAUGAUUAAAAAAAGAUGGGGAUGUACCAUUAACAUUGCCUUCUUUUUCUGUUGUCAAGGCAUCAAUACAGUGGCACCUUUCUGAAGUAAAACCGAUGAGUAGUAAGGACUUAAACCAGCACAUUCGUAAUUGGCUUAAUGAGGAAGAUGAAGAUGGCGUACAUACCUUUGUAUAUCAGCGUAGAAAAACGAUGGACUGAUUCUCUUUGUGGGCAGAAAUACCUAUUUAUAUGGCCUUAAAUUGAUGCCUGUGUAUUAUUGCUUUGGCAGCAGUGUCAUGCCUUUGCCAGUCAUACACAUCUUGCUUCCAAAUGUUUAACUACUCUGUAAACACUACCUGUAGGGCCCUGAGGAGCAGGCCAGUACUGUAUGUGCAAUGCUGCAGUGGGAGAUUGCACACCAUGACUUACGUGCUAAAUCAUUUUUUCUUGUUAAAACAAAUAAUAUUUACAUAAUAUUUGUAUAAAUAUUAUUUAUUUAAAUUCACUGUGUAACAAGCAGCGAAGCAUUACAUUGUUUACAUUGUCAAGAGUGUCAUGUACAAAAGUUUAAUUUGCUUUUUAAAUUUUUGAUUUAACUUCAGCUGUUGUCCGACUGCAACAAUUAAAACAACUAGAAAAUUUCAUUUAACAAAUCGGUGAUGUGAACACUGUGUUUGUUGUUGCUCACACAGAGCUCGUUGUCUAACAACCCUCGUGUUAUACAGCAGGCCUGCCUAAUUAAGACUAAUGUCCCAGAGUUCUUUUGGUGAAAAGGCACUGGAGAGAUCUGCUUGUUCUCUUAGUUAGUUAGCGCCUUAAGCAUUUCCUCAACCACUGAUCGAGUGGGCUGAGGUGCUUUCCUUUUAAGAAUUUUCUUUGUUUAGUUUUUUUCUCAGAGUCUCAGCUCAGAGUUUCAUCUCGUAUGCAGUUUUGUUUCUCUGCUCCGGUAAGAAACACUCAGGUAUGAACGCUGAUGGAAACUCUGAGGCAGAGAACAUCUAUCACAGAUAGUUUGUUAUAAGCUUUUCCUGAUGGUGCCAAGUGCCAGUUACACCCUUUAACAAGAUUUUUUUUUUUUAUUACUACUUGCAGUUCAUCAUUUGUCCAGUAGAGAGCACAAGUUCACUGUUAGCAACAG